UUUCUUUUUUCUUUUUUUGUUAAUAAUUUUACUCGACUCAAUUCCCACCGUCACUGUUUGAAAAUUAAUUUAAAUAAAAGGUUGCCUUUAAUGUACACCAAAAGCGUUGUUAUAAUUGUAAAUUUGAUUUAAGGGUGUCAUCUUGGACACCCCCCUUCCUUUCACCUACCACCCUCCUAUCCCUUUAACUAACCAUUCUAAACGUUAUGCCGCAAGGUAAAUUGUCUUCAACGUUGACAUUUUGACAGUAGAAACGUUUCUGUGUUUCAGAGGGACAGUUAUACGCUGCGACAGUUGCGGAUUUCACUGGAGGUGCACCCCUUAUCCUAAGGGACAAGAUACGAACGGAACGAUCAGAUUUGAAUCAAUUAAAUGGACCAAAUUUUGUCAGCUCGUUCGCCUAUGAGGAUUACGUGUUCUUUUUCUAUCGGGAAACUGCUGUCGAGUAUAUGAACUGUGGCAAGGCAGUCUAUUCGCGGGUCGGUAGAGUUUGCCAUCAUGACAAAGGCGGUCCUCAUGCUUUCAGCGACAGAUGGACAAGCUUCCUAAAAGCUAGACUUAAUUGUUCGGUACCUGGAGAGUAUCCGUUCUAUUUCAACGAAAUACAAUCAACGAGCGAAGUAACCGAAGGAUUAUAUGCUGGUAAUCGUACACGAUUGGUAUAUGGUGUAUUUACAACUCCUGUAAAUUCCAUUGGUGGGUCAGCGAUAUGCGCAUUUUCCAUGAGCAGUGUUCUCGAAGUCUUCCAGGGUGCGUUUAAGGAACAAGAAACGAUAAACAGCAACUGGCUAAGAGUACCAACAGAAAGGGUGCCUAAACCAAGACCUGGUACUUGCGUUAACGAUUCUAGAACACUCAAAGAUACAAUUGUGAAUUUUGUUAAGGCUCAUCCACUAAUGGAUGAUGCUGUUCAAUCCUAUUUCGCAAUGCCUGUGAUAACCAAAGUCAGUUUCAAUUACAGAUUUACAAAAGUUGCUGUUGAUUCACAAGUAAAAGCGUUAGAUGGCAAGGCCUAUGAUAUACUUUACGUUGGAACAGACGACGGUCGCGUGCUGAAGGCAUUGAACACCCGUUCCCCGGAUUCUGUUACCGACGUUAAUCAGGUCAUUGUUAGCGACGUCCAAGUGCUGAAAUACGGACAAGCAGUGAAGGAUCUGUUAGUGGUGCACUUAGCAGGUGAAGCUAGCAAAUUGGUAGUGUUUGCGGAUUCGGAGAUACGCGCUGUACCACUUCAUCAUUGCGAUUCACCAUUGGCUGGUAGUUGUGCAGCAUGCGUAGCACUUCAAGAUCCCCAUUGCGCAUGGGAUGCUACGACAAAUCUUUGCGUUGCUGUACCAACUAAACUUCAUGAUAGCGAUGCCGAAAAGACCCUAUUUCAAGAUAUCCUUAUGGGAAAACACAAAGGCUGUGGUUACGAGCAAGAAAUGGCGAAACCCAUGCAACCAGCCGUACCGCCCGAAAUUGGGCGCGGAGAACAACCCGACGAACGAGACAAUGAAAUUGUCAUCGAGCUGGAUCGAGAAAAUCAGUACGGUCGUACACAACCAAGAGCUAACGAACCUCAAGGAGUAAUCGUGACACCUGUGGUAUACUCGGCGCAAACAUUAACCGGUGCCUUAAUAGGAACCUGUUUAUUCUCAUUGGUCGCUGGCUUUGCAUCCGGUUUUUGGUUUUCUCAAAGAUUACGUGGUACACCAUACCCGGAACCAUCUGAACAACGUCAACAAUUAAAUCGAUUAACGGAAAGUUCCGAAUCACCGGGAUUCAACAAUAAAUCGAUCAAUCUUGUAUUAAACGUACCACCUAAGAACCCGAAUGGUAAAAAUGCAAAUUCAUCGGCAGAGAACAAACCAGUGCAGAAGGUUAAGAAGACGUACAUAUGAUAUAGAAGACGACAAAGGGCCGUUUGAGGCUUAUCCUCACAGGAUCCCACGGAUUUCGGUACUUCCUCAUCGUCCUUCGAUCUUGCCGAGUCAGACGAUA